AUGGAAAAACAACUUGAAGGUAUCUACUAUAAGGAGAAUCAAGAAUUAGUGAAGGAGCUGUCCAAUGUCAUGUCAUUCGGUAAACAUUUCUAUGCGGACAGCUUGAAGUGUACAUCGAUGCCAACUCUCACCGCCAAGAAAAUAUUGAGUGGCAGUCUAUCGUAUCCCGCGACUGACGAGGAGGUGAAGCAGUUGGUCGAUGCCUCCGUGCGUGCACCUCACGGAAAGGGAACAGAGACGGUGGUCGACGAAAAUGUUAGAAAAGUCUGGCAGAUGGACAAGUCCUCAUUCAAAGUCGCCGGUAUCAAUCCGAUUCUCAAUGAAAUACUCCCAAAGAUUGCUCAGGAGCUUGGAAUGGCCGGAGAGAAGAUCAAAGCCGAUCUCUAUAAGCUGUUGAUCUACGACAAGGGAGCAUUCUUCUUGCCACACAAAGAUUCAGAGAAAGUGGAUCAGAUGUUUGGAACUCUGGUUAUCACACUGCCAUGCGAGCACAAAGGUGGCGAUCUCGUUAUUUCACACUCUGGACAGGAGGAUACUGUCUCACUGGAAAAUUCUGAUGCAUCCACCCUCAGAUACUGCGCAUUCUACGCCGAUUGUACACACGAAGUGAAACCGGUCACCGAUGGCAAUCGUAUAUGUUUGGUCUACAAUCUUUUGAAGUCAGGAAAGCGAGCACUCGAGGGGGUGGACAUUGGCUCGAUGAUCAAAUCCCAGCAGAUUGUGGCUGGCGUCGAGAAAAUGGUGGAGAAUAUACUUGAGAAAACCGGUAUAAUGAUCUAUAUUAUGGAGCAUAGCUAUACAACGAAAACACUGUCACUUGGCAAACUCAAGGGUAAAGACAAACCACAUGCAGCGCUCUUUGGAUCGAUCGCUCAAAAAUUGCAGGCCGUCCCGUGCAUUGGAAUGGUGGAGAUUGAAGAGACUGGCUAUCUCUAUCACGAUUGCGCACCAGUCUCGCUUCUACCAAGGACACAAGGACUGUUAGAGAAGAAUAGCGAUGUUAUGGAUCAUCCAAAAUUUACUUUUAGACUCAAUAGUAUCACUGGUUUCGAUGGAUUGUCAAGAAACGGUUUGGAUAUCGAAGCUCACUCUGUAAUACCAUACAAAUCACUAAGUGGUACCAAACCAAAUCAUAGAGCUAUCACAAGUACUACUGGUAAUGAAGGUAGCGAGUAUGAAAGAUCCUAUUUAAGAGCUGCUGUUAUUUUAAUUAAAACUAAACCAGCCACUCCAAAAGAAACACCAACCCCUACACCAGCAGCAACAACAACACCUACAACUACUACACCAGCAACAACAACAACAACACCUACAGCACCAACAACAACACCCACAGCAUCAACACCUACUACAACAACACCACCAUCAGAAGAAAACAAAGAAAGUGAAGAAGAACAACCAGUUAAAAAACAAAAAAUUGAGAAAAAAGAGGAUGUUAAUCAUAUAAAUAACAACAAUAAUAAUAGCAAUAAUAUAAAACAUGAAGCAUCAAUAACAUCAAUUACACCACUGUCAACCAAUGAAUUCAGUGUAAAGAAACAAAUGUUUGCCUCGAUCAUAGGUGGAAUGGUUACUGCAUUGGUAGUGACUCCACUCGAUGUAGUCAAAACAAGGCAACAGACAUCAUCUACAACACAUCCAUUUCACCUAAAAAGUACGAUCACCUCUUUUUAUACGAUCACAAAGAGCGAGGGUGUAUCUGCACUCUGGCGAGGACUGACACCCUCUCUUUUAAUGACAAUACCAAGUACUGCUAUAUAUUUUACAACAUAUGAACAUUUAAAACAAAAUCUAUCGAAAUUCAAGAAAGAAGAUGACGAUAAUAUAUAUUUGGUGCCGUUGGUAGCCGGUUCACUUGCAAGAGUGAUAUCGGCAUCGGUUACAUCGCCUUUCGAGUUGAUCCGAACAAAUUCACAAGGUAUCUCUAAAACCAAUCUCAUUCCAAUGAUUAGAGAUAUUGUUAACAACGUUGGUCUCACUGGACUGUGGCGUGGUCUUUCACCAACUCUAAUUCGUGAUGUACCAUUCUCUGCAUUCUAUUGGUCAGGCUAUGAGGUUUUUAAGAAUUACUUUAAUACACGAUAUAAUACAACAACAGCAACAACAACACUUAAUCAUAAUAACAAUAAUAAACCAUCACCAUUUUUAAUUAAUUUUACAUCUGGUGCUCUGAGUGGAUCGAUUGCAGCAAUUUUGACAACACCAAUCGAUGUAAUAAAGACAAGAAUUCAAAUGACAGUUCAACAUAAACAGGUUGUAACAAAUGCUGGAUCAUCGACAGGUACAUCGCAUAUAUUAAACUCGACAUCACCAAUCGAACACGCAAAAUCGAUAUACAAACAAGAAGGAUGGGUUGGUCUCACUAAGGGAAUGGUACCAAGAGUUGCAAAAGUUGCACCGGCAUGUGCUAUCAUGGUUUCAACCUACGAAUGGGUAAAGUCAACACAUUUCGAAGAUUAUUUAGGAUCAAUCAAUAAUAAACCUUCAUAA